UUCUCACACUCGCUGUAAUGGAGUUGUUCAUCUUCAUAGUUUUUCUGCUCCUGAUGGAGGUUCAGUCUUACAAAUUUCCUAGAGUAAAAGUAUCUCCAGAUGUCAUAAGAGAGUCCAGCUCAGUGAAGAUCAGCUGUGAGACAGAUCCACGUGUUUCAGUGAUUGAAUGUCACUUCUUCAUAAACAGAGAAGAGAAGAAAAUUAAAAGCAGUUCAUCAUGUGAGCUGGAUCUCACUGGUGCUGAAGUGUUCAGAUGGGCAGCUGUAAAAUCACCUGAAUCACUCAACAUUAUCUGUUUCUACACAAUGACAACUGGUCCCAGCUCAUUCACAUCAUCUCCUGAAUCUGAUCCUGUCAUAGUGACGGUUCGAGUUUCAACAUCAACCACCACUGAACAAACAACUACAACAGCAAUGAAAACCUUUUUAAGUGUAAUGCCCACUUCUGAAACCACAACAUACAGUAAAACUACAGAUCUCCAAACCAAGAUAAACCUGCCAACCAGUACAGGAAAGGAAAUGAGUAAGUUCAUCCACUCUUUCUUGAUGGUAAAAGUUGCCUGAAUUAAUGUUUUAUUUAAAAGUUUAAAUAUAACUG